AUGACCAUUGAAGGGGAGCUAGUGCUAGAGCUUCCUCAUCCCCCUUCAGUAGUCUUAGCUGCAGCAUCCCCUCACUUGUUUUGGAAAAUCACCCUGCUGCUCAUCGCGUGGCUAAAUCUUCACUACCAUCUGCCGCAUCUCACGUGCACUCUUAUUCUCAAGAUCACAAGACAUAUCCUCAUUGGCCUCACUGUACUCGCACCUGACGAGAAGGUAGCCGGGUCGCUCAAUACCGUAUUCAACCACCUCGAGAUCAAGGAUAACUUCGAUAUUCACCCUGUUUGCCCUAUUUGCCACCAUGUUUAUCCUCACAAUUCUCAAGGUGAUGCAAAAUGUUUAAAUUGCUCUGAACCUUUGUUUGAGCCCAGCGCAUCAAGAACCAAACCACGGCCACAUCUACAGUGUCCACAGAAUCCACUCUCAAAUGCGAUCCUUCAUCUUCUCUCUCACGCAGGAAUUGAGGAGGAACUUGAUGCUUGGCACUGCCAUGUUCCAGAACCUGGGAAGCACGCUUUGAUUCAAGAUGGCGAGCUCUUCUUCGACAAUAGUCCAGAACGUCCCGACAAAGAUGAGCUUUGCAUUGGUAUCACGCUAGGAUUCGAUGGGUAUUGUUCCUCCUCAGCGAUGCUAUACUCUCUGCUAAUUGUUGAUCUUAGAUUUGGUUAUCAAUACCAACCACGAAAUCUGAUGGUCUUUGGUAUCACGCCAGGGCCAAAAGAGUUUGAUAGUGAUGAGUUACAAUUUUUCAUGAAAAACUACGUCGACAACUUAAUCUCACUCUAUGAAAACGGAAUCAUGGCCAAGACACCAAAUUAUCCCAAUGGUAUGUCAUCAAUUCGUAUGAUCCUGGUCGCCAUCUGUUGCGACAACCCUGUGCUCUGUAAAGUCUGUGGGUUCGGAGGUCAUCGCAAGGAAGAGGGAUUUUGCACUAGGUGCCACAUUAAACGCAGCGAGUUGAAGACGAGGGAUGCAAUGGACUAUGAUAAAUUUCCUCCUCAAUACGGAGAGGAGCAUACAAAACGAGCCCAGGAGUAUCUGGACCUGGAUGAGAAGGAACAUGAGGCCUUCUUUAAGCUGCAUAGUGCACUCUACUUCGAGCUUUCACGCUUGAAGUAUUUUGACCCAGUGUGCAUGUCAGUCAUUGACCCAAUGCACAGUUUCCUUCUCGGUGAGUCGACCUGCUCCCUAUGCUGUCAUUACUCACAUCAACUGUUAGUAUCUAAUGACGGUAUGUUAUCAUUUCGUUCAAGCUUUUAUCUCAUCUGCCCGUUUGACCAGUUUGAAAUGCCCAACUGGGUUGGAUGCCUCCCUGAACAAGUCGGCUAUCCUGCUGGAGGCUCGUUGACAUCAGACGAGUGGAAGGGACUUGCCUUAGUAUUCUGUCCAAUCGUGAUACCCUUUCUAUGGCAGGAGUGGUACCCGAAGGCCAACACUACAUAUGAGAAGGCAUUAACGUCCUGGGAGAACAGAGAGAGACAACGACUCAUUCGUCUCACCACUGGAAAACCGAAAAAGGGUGACGACAAACCAUCAAUGAAGCCCGUUCCUCAGAUGCAUCCGUCAGCACCUGACAAUUUUUUGAAACUUGCUGCAGCCCUCAAAAUCAUCCUCGGACGUUCCUUCAAAGAUGCCGAUAUUCCACGCGCCAAGGAAUUGCUCCGCAACUACCUUAUGGAAUAUCUCGAGCUUUACUCUGACAAUGUAAAGCCCAUGCAUCAUUGGGUAACUCAUAUUUUCGAUCAACUACAAGACUACGGACCUGUGUACAACUUUUGGACAUUUCUCUUCGAGCGCUUGAACAAAGUCUUCAAGAGUUACUCGACGAAUAAUCACAGCAACAGCGAGAUUGAAGUCAUGUUCAUGCGUGCAUUUCAGAAGGAUGUUGCAUUGUGUGAUAUGGUGCGUGAUAUUCUAUGCAUUGGAUCCGAUCCUCAUUCUUCCUUUAGCUUGCGAAUCUAA